UACAGAUGUUCUAGAGAGUACAAUCCUACAGAAAUCCUUCAAAAUUCGUAGCUAGGAUUAGGAAUAAGUCUUUCCAGCCUUUGAUGGCUGCAGAUAUUUUUAGUUCACAUACAGAAGAAAACACAUGGAACGUUCAAAGGGUAGCUGCGCAUAGUUUCUGAUCGGACAGUAACGUUGCAGAUCUGAAUGGUUGAAUAACAUCCGUAGGCAUACAUGAGUAUUGAUUGUCUUUUGAAUUGUUCAUAUUCUUAUGUCAGUUAGAGAAUCAUCACUGCACUCUUCAGAAGCAGUGUUGGAACGACGGAGGACUCAAGAUACAUUAUUCUGAUUUUUUUGGAGCAUGUGCUAAUCCCUAAUGCUCAGCGUUGUCUUCCUGAGGAGGGAGAGAGUCCCAUAUGAAAAGUUUCCUUUCUGCAGUCCUGGGUGAGCUGAUGACUCUCCAUAAAUUUUAUCAUCAACAAGUGCUCGAACCUGCCAGUGUUGGCCGUGGGGGACAACCAACCACGGGCUCUCCUCCGGGCGCAGGUCAUCGUUAGUGAGUCCAGCUAUUGGGCAUGCUGAUAGAUGCCAUGCACCGAGGUUAUUUACACACUUGACACCCAGCCUCAGUAUGCGGAGGGCGGCAAAGAUGAAACUGUGAGUCUCUUUAUGCUCCUAUCCAAGGUUAAUUCUCCCUAUUUCUCCACUGCAAGUGCAGAGAUCUUGGGACCACUACGAGAGGCACUUAAUUGAUGUGGAUGAGUUGGUUGAGCUGCCCUCCCUCGCCUGUAUCGCCAGCAUUACAGCGUGCAUAUCCUGUUGGGUAACAAUGGAACUAAAACUUGUCAUUAAUUUUCUGUUGCACGAACAACCUCAUGGUUCUGAAGAAUUGGAUGUCCUGCCAAUUGUGGGUCCAGCCAUAGUCAGGAAGAGCACCCUUGUUGCUCAUGUUUGCAAGGAUGACCAUGAUUUUACAGAUGACAAGGUAGCUUCCACUUUUAGAGAAGGAUGUGCAAUGAAACAUGAGAACAGCGUGUCAAAUUGAACAAAGGCGAGAGAUUGCACUUCCAGCGUUAUGUUACAAUCUGAUUUUUCUGACCUUUGUAUCGCACAUGCUAUACAGAGAAAAUGUGUGGCUUACUAAGCGAAUGCUUUGGAGACAACAGUCAAGAGCUGUACUUUUCUCAGCUUUUAGCCUAGUCUUAGUCUACCAGUAGUUGUUAAUAAAGGUGGAGAAAAGGUCAAAUCAGAAGGAUCAGGCAAAGGUGAAAGCAGUCCCAAAGGUGACGCAUAUGAAUGACCGGUUGACUGACUCAGUUUAGGUCUCCUUGUCUUGUUCAGUUGUACUUGUUCUUAUAUGUCCUUAUUACUCCUGUUAGAGUUUUAACGAGAAACAGAGAAUACAGAGAUCAGAAAACAUCAAGCUGACAUUUGUUGUCUUUCCCGUCCGCAUCCUUUCUGCUGGAGCCACAGAUGGAGAUUUUCCUUUCAGCAGUCCUGGGUGAGCUAAUCACUAGAUCCAUAAAUUUCUUCAUCAGCAAGUGCCCCAAGCAACCGGCACUGGAUGUGGAUGAUCACCUCCAAAGGGUCCUGCUCCGAGCGCAGGUCAUCAUCGAGGAGGCCAUGGUGCGGCAAAUCACAAACCAAUCUAUGCUCCAGCAGCUGGAUAUGCUCAGAGACACCAUGUACAGAGGCUGUUACUUGCUUGACACCUUCAGGUUCCAAUCUCACAAAGAGGACGCCAAAGAUCAGAUCGUGAGUCACCCUUCUCUUCUCUUCAAAGUAAAUUCUGUAAAAGAUUUCUACUUCCCUGGUGGAGAAGGUACACAGAUUUUGGAAGAAAUGCUAGCCGUGCUUGACAGUUUGAGAUCCAUGAUCCUUGAUGCUAAUGAACUGGUCGUGUUCCUGACGAGCUAUACCCGUAUGUAUCGCGAGCCUUAUAGCAUGCACCUCCUGCUAGGAAACUGCAUGUUUGGCCGCCAGAUGGAAGCACAACAUGUCAUCAACUUCCUGUUGCACACAAGACCUCCUGGUGCUGCUGAAGGGUUGGAGGUCCUGCCAAUUGUCGGUCCCUUCAGAGUAGGAAAGAGCACUCUUGUUGCCCAUGUUUGCAAGGAUGGAAGAGUUCAUGAUUAUUUUUCAGAAAUUGUUUUCUUGAGUGAUCAUGACUUCAGAGAUGAAAACAUAACCACCCUUAGAGAAGGAUGUGUGAUGAAAUACCAAAAUUGUGUGUCGAACAAAGAUGGGAGAGUGCUAGUUGUUGUUGAGUUAGCUGGAGACUUCAGUGAAGGUGAUUGGAAGAGGCUGUAUUCUGCUUCUAAGCGGUACUUGCCAAGUGGUAGUAAGAUCAUAAUCACAAGCCGGUCUGACGAGAUUAAAAAGCUUGGAACAACUCAGGCAAUAACUCUAAAAUUUCUGUCCUGCGAGGCAUACUGGUAUUACUUUAGGACACUAGCAUUUGGAAGCGUGGAUCCCGAGACCUACCCGAAGCUCGCACACCUGGCCAUGCAGAUAGCCAGGGCACUGAAAAGAACCUUCAUUGGUGCAAACAUCACUACUUGUGUGCUGAGGGACAACUUUGACAUCCGCUUUUGGUGCAAGGUUCUGGUGUUGUUGAGAGGGAUCAUCCGGAAGAAUGUUUCCAGAUUCGGUGAGCAUCCACUUAAUCGUCUUGACCAAAAUAGAUCUGCACAUCUUGGAAGAAUGGCUACACCUUCUGAAGAUCUCGUGCUUUGUGGUCUGUAUCAAUGCUCUUCACAAGAGGAGGUUCCAAAGAUAAAAAUGCAAGAUGUCAUGUAUGGAAGUGUUAAGCCUCAUGGGAAUUUUGAGGUCCUAGGAUGGAAGUCUCCCAUACUGCCCUACUAUAGCUAUGUCUUUACAUGUGAAAUUCAAGAGCUCAAAUCUACAGCUGCCAAGAGAAAGCGUUCCGAUCCAUGACGGAUGUGGUCACACAUUGUUAAGUUUUUUUUUUUCAUUGUCUGGCUUAUAUAUGAUAUAAUGAUAUAUUUAUGUACCUUUCGUAGGAUAUCACAUACUACUGCAAGCCAGAAUGUAUAAUAGGAUGCGACAAGUUACAAUACUGCUAAAUUUUAUUUCAUAUGUAAAUUAUUAGUGUUUAUUAAUAAAAUAACGCAUGACGUUGAGAGGCAUAGAAUUUUCAUGAGCUA